GUAGUGUUCUAUAUGUUUCUUUCAGUGUAACUAACGUUACCGUGAUCUACACUCACUGCUAUUCUAGUGUUGCCUAAAGGUUGUAAGUCAACAUGGCUAAGCGUGUUGCUGUGAUUGGAGGUGGAACCUCUGGGAUGACCUGCAUCAAAUGUUGCCUGGAUGAAGGUCUGGAACCGGUGUGUUUUGAGAGCAGUGAUGACAUUGGAGGACUCUGGAGAUUUAGGGAAAAUCCAGAUCCCGAGCAGGCCAGCAUUUACUUCUCUUUGAUUAUCAACACUGCUAAGGAGAUGAUGUGUUACAGUGAUUUCCCCAUCCCUGCACACUUCCCAAAUUUCAUGCACCACUCUCUCAUCAUGGAUUACUUCCGCAUGUAUGCUGAACACUUUCAGCUUACUCGGCACAUCCGCUUCCAGACAAAAGUCCUUUAUGUCACACCAAGGCCAGACUUCCCUCACUCUGGCCAAUGGGAUGUAGAAACAGAGUCUAAGGAUGGCAAGAGGGAAAAGCAGGUGUUUGAUGCUGUGAUGGUCUGCACAGGUCACCACUGUCGCCCUCACCUCCCUCUACAGGACUUUCCAGGAAUAGACACAUUUAAGGGGAAAUUCUUCCACAGCCGUGAAUACAAAACCCCUGAAGAAUGGAGAGGGAAGAGGGUAGUUGUGCUUGGCAUUGGAAACUCUGGAGGAGAUAUUGCCGUGGAGCUGAGCAGAAUGGCCAAACAGGUUUAUCUGAGCACCCGGAAAGGUUCUUGGAUUAUAAAUCGUGUCGGACCCAGUGGUGUUCCUUCAGAUAUGAUCUUUAAUAUUAGAGCAUUUAUGUGGCUUCAGAAAUUGUUGCCAAAUGGAUUUAUCAACAAUAUGGGAGAGAAACAACUCAAUCAAAGAUUCAAUCACAAGCUGUAUGGACUGCAGCCUGCCCACAGACUUUUCAGCCAACAUCCCAUGGUCAAUGAUGAUUUACCGAACCGCAUUCUCUCUGGUACGGUCAUGGUCAAGCCGAACGUGCGAGAGUUUCGUGGUUCAAGUGUGGUGUUUGAGGAUGGCACCAUUGAGGACAACAUCGAUCUGGUGGUGUUUUGUACAGGCUACACUUUCUCAUUCCCCUUCCUCUCUUCACAUAUAACUCCUGUCUCUAAGAAUAAGGUGUCCCUGUACAAAUAUAUAUAUCCAACAAACCUUGAGCGCCCAACUUUGGCUGUGAUUGGUCUGAUUCAGCCUCUGGGAGCCAUUAUGCCAAUCUCUGAGAUUCAAGCACGCUGGGCCACGCGAGUUUUUAAAGGACUUUGCAAGCUGCCUUCAAUGAGUGCAAUGCUGAAAGACAUUAAAGCAAAAGAGGAGGAAAUGGCUCAAAGGUAUGUAGCUACACAGAGGCACACCAUCCAGGUGGACUACAUCCCGUACAUGGAUGAAAUUGCUAAAGAAGUUGGCAUUCGACCUUCCAUUCUAAAGUUGCUCCUGACAGACCCUAGACUGGGUUUAAAAGUGGUCUUUGGGCCCUGCACCCCGUACCAGUUUCGCUUGUGUGGACCCGGCCGAUGGGAAGGUGCACGGCAGGCCAUCCUGACGCAGUGGGAGAGAGUCGCUAAGCCCCUAAAAACACGCCAUGUACCCGAGCAGAAGUCCCACCGAUCCUCUGUCUCACUCGUGUUCUCAGUUUCUGUUGCAGCUCUGUUCUCCGCUCUGUAUUACAGCAGGGCCAGUCUGUACACACUCAUAUCAGACCCUUCAGUCAUCCUGGACAAGAUAAGGGCUUAUAUACCAUGGCCAGUGCCCACAAAACGAUCAUGAAACAUGGCACAC